UCCUGCAUCCAGGUCCUUGGGAGGCUCUCGUGUUCUUUUUGCUCUGCUGUGCGUUUUCCAGGAUAACUGUGACUCCAGGCCCACAAUGGACGCUCUACAACUAGCAAAUUCAGCUUUUGCAGUUGACCUGUUCAAACAACUGUGUGAAAAGGAGCCAGCGGGCAAUGUCCUCUUCUCUCCGAUCUGUCUCUCCACCUCUCUGUCACUUGCUCAAGUAGGCACCAAAGGCGACACAGCAAAUGAAAUUGGAAAGGUCCUUCAUUUUGAAAAUAUCAAAGAUGUGCCCUUCGGAUUUCAAACAGUAACAUCGGAUGUAAACAAACUCAGUUCCUUUUACUCUCUGAAACUGAUCAAACGGCUCUACGUAGACAAGUCUCUGAAUCCUUCUACAGAGUUCAUCAGCUCUACGAAGAGACCCUACGCAAAGGAAAUGGAAACCGUUGACUUCAAAGAUAAAUUGGAGGAAACGAAAGGUCAGAUCAAUCAGUCCAUCAAGGAUCUCACUGACGGCCGCUUUGAGAACGUUUUGGCGGACAGCAGUGUCAGUGACCAGACCAAAAUCCUUGUGGUUAAUGCUGCCUACUUCGUUGGAAAGUGGAUGAAGAAAUUUCCCGAAUCCGAAACCAAAGAAUGCCCUUUCAGAAUCAACAAGACGGACACCAAGCCAGUGCAGAUGAUGAAUAUGGAGGCCACGUUCUGUAUGGGCAACGUUGAUGGUAUUAAUUGCAAGAUCAUAGAGCUUCCCUUUCAAAAUAAACACCUCAGCAUGUUCAUUCUGCUCCCCAAGGAUGUGGAGGAUGAGUCCACGGGCCUGGAGAAGGUGGAACAACAACUCAACUCAGAGACGCUCUUGCAGUGGACUAAUCCCAGCACCAUGGCCAAUACCAAAGUCAAACUCUCCAUUCCAAAAUUUAAGGUGGAAAAGAUUGUUGAUCCCAAAGCUAGUCUGGAAAAUCUAGGGCUGAAAAAUAUCUUUAAUGAGGAUACAUCUGAUUUCUCUGGAAUGUCAGAGACCAAGGGAGUGGCCCUCUCCAACGUUGUUCACAGAGUGUGCUUAGAAAUAACAGAAGAUGGUGGGGAUUCCAUAGAGGUUCCAGGGUCACGAAUCCUGCAACACAAAGAUGAAUUCAAUGCCGACCACCCAUUUAUUUACAUCAUCAGGCACAACAAAACGCGAAACAUCAUUUUCUUUGGCAAGUUCUGUUCUCCUUAAGUGGCAAAGCCCAGGUUAAGUCCCACCUGACUUUUCUGUAAACUCCGCAUCCAAAGAAUCACUUUAUAAAUACAAUAAAUUGUUAAUAUUGCUGGA